AUCUCACUAUAAUAAUAUACAAAUACGAUUCAUAACCGUAAUGGCAAUGACUCUGAAUUUUAACUAUGACACAGAAAACCAGGUGCUUUUUACAGGAAACUCUUCUGUAAGAUAUGUGAUAUUAAAUAGGCCUGGCAAGCUGAAUACCCUUAACCAUGUAAUGGUUUCUCAAAUUUUAAAGAAUCUAAGAUUGUAUGAGAAUGACUUUUCAAUCAAACUUGUGAUAUUGAAGGUAAAAAAUGCCAAUACAAUAUUUGUUUUUACCUCCGUAGAUAUGGACAUAUAUAUUAGGAUAAAAUAG